AUGGCGCAGCUGCUGCCCCGCGCCAGGGGCCGCCUCCCCGCGGCGGGAGGAGCGGCGGUAGGUGGAGGGCGGACCCGGGCUGGCCGAGAGCCGGAGCUCCGCGCUGCCCUCAGGAAGUUAUUUUUGAAAGAAAGAGUACGUGUAAGAGACAAAAUGGCUCAUGCUGGGAGGCGAUACCGAGAUAAGCAAGGUGGGUACCAUGAGAAUCGUGGAUCUGAUGGAUAUGAGGAAGACAGAAAAACAAGAAAACCAAGCCCAUACAAUGGAAGGCCAGCAAAAGAUACCCGUGGUGGCCAGCACUCGAGGGCUUCCACCAUUUGCUCAGAGCCGUACUCUAAAGCUUCAGCAGCAUCACAGGAGUAUUUUGACUCACCACCACAGUAUUACCCCACCAAGGAAACCUUGUCCAUGAAGUGUUCAAAGGUAUGCACAACAAGAGGCAUUUUGAAGUUUGUGGAAAUCACUGUUAACCUCCUGGUGCUGAUUUGCGUGGGCGCUGCCCAAGCCUCUGUUGCAGGCUUUACUUCCGUCGGCAGCUUGGGCAUCGGAUCCUUUAACCUGAAUUCAGCCUACAGCCCCUUCGAGGGCACGGAGCUCCAGGAAGUGAGGGAGCUGGACAUGCAGAUCACCCAGAUGAGAGCCCCCUGCGUCUACGGCGGAGUAACCUUCAGCUUAGCAGCAGCAGCGCUCACGCUCGUCUUCCUCGUAGUGGGGGCAAAACCCAUCCACCGCCUCAAGAUGGGGCUGCUUGGUGGUGAAUGUGCCUUCAGCCUGCUGGCUGGUGUGUGCUACGUCAUUGCAGUUAGCCUCUACUUGCACUUUGUCACCCAGGUGAACACCACGGAAGCUUGCAAGAGGCGUGAGAGGCUGUACGCGCGCCGUGGUUACACCUCCAUGAACUGCGUGGUCCAGGGUGGCGAUGCAGCCGUCGGCCUCUUCGGUGUAGUUGCGGCCUGUUUGUACUUUGCCAGCUUUGUGGUCUGCAUCCUUGCUAUUCGAACCGUGCGGGCCUUCCAGAGCCACAUGGCCACGGCUCAGCACAGCCCCAAGAGCAGCGUUAGGGACAGAAGCGUCAGAAAUGACCGCCCCACGCACAGAACCUCUGGAAGCUCCCAGAACACCCAGGCUCUUGCCACAUUAGUGUGAAGUCAGUUGUGGGCCCAUGCCAGAGAACAGCAGCUUCAGCAAGGGGCAGGUACUAGACUUUGUGUGCCUAAGUCCACUGUCUGACAAGGUACUGGAAGUGUGUCUCAAAUCACCAAAUGUAAAUAAAAUGUAAUAAAAUAGAUGCUGGA